AAGACUGGGAGAAGAGCUUGCUCUCUCCCACCUUCCCCUUUCUUCGCUCCCCUCACAGGGGAGCCGGGAUGGUGCGGUCCAGCCAGCUGUGGAGCUGCUGAGUGAUGCUGCGAGCCCGUGGGUGCUCGGGGCGGCGACAGCAGAGGGGGGAGCAAACAGCUGGCGGAAGAGCAGGCAGUAGCGCUCUCCCUCCCCGCGGCGGCGGCGGCAGUGGCGACUGAAGACGUGGAGAAGGUGAAGAAGGAAAGAGGGGGAGGACACGUUCCCCUUCGCUCCAUCUCCCCCAUUCUUCCACUGUCGUAGCUAAAGCUGGGGUACAGACACCCAGACGCUUGACUGUCGCCGCCGCCUCCACCUCCUUCCUUUCAGCGGUUGCUGCUGGCUGAGCUCCUGGGGCUACUGGACUAAGAAGUAGCAACAGCAGAGGUGGCGGCGGCAGCAGUGCCCUGCGGGAGGGGAGAGAUCAGCGGGGCCACUGGCUGCAUUGACUACACAUACUCAGCAGGAGCAGGACAGCAGCAGCGCGUUGGCUGCUGUUCCUUUGCUGCCUGGAUGCUAGAGCUUCCCAAUCAGCCUGCCACGGGCACGCUAAAGGAGGAGGAAGAGGAGGAGGAAGGAUCUGGACAUCAGGGAUAGGAAGAGGAAGGAGAAGAGAAGUGACAAAGCGCUGGCCAUGGCCUCCAACUUUAACGAUAUCGUCAAGCAGGGCUAUGUGAAAAUCCGCAGCAGGAAGCUGGGGAUUUUCAGACGUUGCUGGUUGGUUUUCAAGAAAGCAUCCAGCAAAGGACCCAGAAGGCUUGAAAAAUUUCCAGAUGAAAAGGCAGCUUAUUUCAGAAACUUUCAUAAGGUAACCGAACUGCACAACAUUAAGAAUAUAACCAGACUUCCUCGAGAGACCAAGAAGCAUGCAGUGGCAAUUAUCUUUCAUGAUGAGACGUCAAAGACAUUUGCCUGUGAGUCAGAGCUGGAGGCCGAGGAAUGGUGCAAACAUCUUUGCAUGGAGUGUCUAGGAACCAGACUGAAUGACAUAAGCCUUGGGGAACCUGAUCUGCUGGCUGCAGGAGUGCAGAGGGAACAAAAUGAACGAUUCAAUGUGUAUCUUAUGCCUACACCAAAUCUAGAUAUUUAUGGGGAAUGCACAAUGCAGAUUACACAUGAAAACAUCUAUCUCUGGGAUAUUCACAAUGCCAAGGUCAAGCUGGUGAUGUGGCCCCUUAGUUCGUUAAGGAGAUAUGGUCGUGACUCAACUUGGUUCACAUUUGAGUCAGGAAGGAUGUGUGACACAGGGGAAGGACUAUUCACCUUUCAAACAAGAGAAGGAGAAAUGAUCUAUCAGAAGGUACACUCUGCAACCUUGGCAAUAGCAGAACAACAUGAAAGACUAAUGCUAGAGAUGGAGCAAAAGGCCCGGCUUCAAACCAGUCUGACAGAACCAAUGACAUUAUCCAAGUCUAUCUCCCUCCCUCGAAGCGCAUAUUGGCACCACAUCACACGGCAGAACAGUGUUGGAGAAAUCUAUAGUUUACAAGGUCACCGUUUUGGUUCAACAAAGAUGUCCCGGGCACAAACAUUUCCCAGCUACACCUCAGAACAGAACGAAGAGCACCAGCAGCCCCUGUCGCUCUCUAGCAGCUAUGGAUUUAGCUACAGCUCCAGCCUCAUCCAAUGACACACAGAGAACCACUGUUGACCAGAGAGACAGUCUAGCCUGAAACCUGCCCGUAGGGUCAGGAAACCACUUGUACCCUCUGCAUCCAUGGAAGACCAAUUGCAGUGAAAACUGAGCUGUGUCAGUUCUAGUCCCGGUCACAGUUGAAGGUUAAAAACUGGAGCUCUGCUUCCUAGAGUCAGAGGCUAAGUCUUUUAUUUAUUGAAUUUCUUUGGGGAUCUACAUUUAAAGAAAUUGAUUUCGAAUUGUAAGAAAAGUCAUUCAAAUAAACAAAACCCUUUUGGUCUGAAGGCAGUAAAAGCCUCCACAUGGUGGAAUUUUGCCUGGACUGAGUUGUGACCUUUCAAUUACACUCAAUGUCAGGCACUUUCCACCUGUUUCCUUUGACUGAGAUUUCCUGUCCACACUCCCAAUGACAGAACUUGUCCUUAGUUAAUAGUGGUGGACCACUGGAAUCACUUCUGUGUUAGAGGUAUUGACAGGAAUAUAAUCAGUGAACAUCACAAACAACAACAAACUGUCCAUAUAAAUACAUCCCAUGGCAAUUAAGAGAACAAGAAAUUUAAAACACCAUGUCAAGCAGGGCCCCAUAGCUCUAUUCUGUGUGUGUAUGCGUGUGAGUGUGUUUAUGUAGAAAUAUAGAGACGGAUAUCAAUCUAUCCAUCUAAAUAUAACAAGUAUAUAUAAAAUGUGUGCUGAGGGUGACAGGAUAUGCUCACUUAAAUUGUUGAAAAAUGUAAUUUGGUGCAUUCAAAUUAAGAUUGUUAUGUCAAUAUCUAUUUUUAAAUUAGUGCUGUAAAAAGGCUUCUCAUUAGCAAAAGUAUUUAUGUAAUCAAGUCUGCACUUAUGACAAAUGUAAAUGCAAAAGUGAGAAAGGGGAAUGUGUUUGAACAAAAUGAACAAAUCCAGCUGUCCCACAAUUUACAUUAUCACACUCUUUCUGGUUAGUGUUACCCUGGUUUCUGACAUUCUCUGUCCCCUGCCCCUCUUGCUUCUCUGUUUGAAGUAUAUGAGAUUAUUAUAAUCACUGAUUAACUACCUGUUUAACCUUCAGCGACAGAAUAAUUCAAAUGAAUUUUAAGAAAGGAAAAAUUUAUCUGAAAAUGACCUUGGUAAAACCAUUUUAGAAUCAGCAAAAGAACAAAAUGAGAAAGAUUGUAGUAGAUAUUUAAAUUUUCAUAAAUGCCAUAUGCAGAAUUUCAGCCUCCUAAAUAAAGAGAAUAUACUGCUUGAGUUUUACCUGUGUGACCAGAUCUGAACUUAUGCUGUGGGCUGACUAUGAAUAUAGAGGAGACUGGAUCAAGGAAAAAUUUUUAUCCCCUAUACUUUGUCGGAUCAAGGUAGUCCAAAGGAAAGAAGAAAUUAACCAUUGUGUUGGGGUAGUCUGAGAAUUUAAGUUAAAAAAAAGUAUCCAUCAAUUUUAUAUUUUCAAGUUAACAUGGAAAAUUUCUACCUGAAUUAUCUGGAUAAUUGUGACCAUAAUAUAUAACCAAGAAUAGAUAAAAAAAGAACUACAGCAGUUAGUUUUUAAUCUAUGUAACAUUAAAAUAAUGUAAAUUUAUAUGACUAAGGAUCAUUUUGAUUAGAAAGUAGUAUGUUUAUUAGGUGAUGGUAAGGUCUUUUACUUCUAUCCUAAAUACCCUUUUCACUAACCUGAAUGCUGACAGAUGAGACAACUUCAGUAAACAAAUGCUGAUUCUAAAAGGGCCUGGGUUUGUCUAAAUGGGCAUGGCCCCUUACAACAAACUGUUGAUAAUCUCUCUGUCUCUCAUAUGAAUGUGAAAAUCCCUCUAGAAUGGCAGUUGUAAUUCCACUGAAGAAAGUAAUUAUCCUCAGCCUUGAUGAGGAGAUGGGGAGCAGCGGGAAAUUCCCUUCUCCCUAACUAUGCUGUGGACUUUGCUGAAACAGCAGAAGAGGAAAUGACUGGUACCAAGACAGCGCCUACCCUGAAACCCCGCAUUUCAGGGUUGAAACUGCUUUGAAUUACUUCAGCUCAUGGCAUUUGCUUUUGCAAUGCCAAGCCUCUGCUAUACCAGAGCAACUUCCAGCUGAGACCAUUUUCGCACAGCUCCUGGUGGAGCCUCAUCUAGAGGGAGAGAGACUGUCUCUCCUUUGGCUCGCUCGGUUGAGCUGUUGCCUAGAGACCAUAAUGUUCCACUUGGGACUUAUGGGGGAGGACCCUCAGGGGGUCUAGUUCAUGUCUCAGCUUUAUUAAUGUGCAGGGUGCACAGACAAUAGCCCAGGGGGUUCUGCUAAUUAAUUAUGUCUUGUCUAUGCUCUUGUGUUGGCUUAUGAGGACCCACAAUACCUGCAGUGAAGUUGUUUAGGAAACAAUAUUUGGAUCUGAUCCUUAGUUAUCAGUGAGACUAACUGUUAGCAAACUAGUAAAGAUCAGGUCUAGUUGGACCAGUUCAUUAUGAAAAGAAGUGAGAGAGAGAGAGAGAGAGAGAGAGAGAGAGAAUGAGAGAGAGAGAGAGAGAGAGAAUGAGAGAGAGAGAGAAAGAGAGAGAGAGAAAGAGAGAAAGAGAGAGAGAGAGAUUCCUUCACCAGUCUUUAACUGAAUCUUAUCAAAAUGAGAAACUGCUAUAAAAAUCUCUCCUAUUCCAUUUUUGCAAAUUUAUUUUGGCAUACCUUUGCAAGUACACACUCAGUGCAACUGUAGCCAAGAUAAAACUGCAAAGUGAACAGAUAGGAGAAUUUAUAUUAACAUAAUAUUCUUGACACCACGUAAUGUGCAUUAUAAUAAAAAUGGCAAGCAGAUAAGUUUCUUUUCAACCACCAAACAAAAAUGUAUUUGCUGUAUCAAUCACAUGGGACUUCAUAAAACUGAUUCAUCUUGAGUCAGCUAGAACAACUCAUUUGAAACAGUAUAGGUUUUGCUGAAGAUGUCUCUACCAUUUACAAAUCAUUUCUCUCCCUUUGAAGAUUGAAUUCCUCCCCCCCCCCACCAUUUGCAUGUAAAAUUUUCAAAGGAGGGAGGGGUGAAAAUGAACCAAAGGUAUCUUCAGGUUCUUUAUUCAUAUGGAUGAAUGGAAGAAACACUGUGAAUGGAUACUGGUAAAUCAAAAUAGCCAGUUUCACUUCUAAGUUAAUGAAAAGAAGGAAAGGCUGAUUGAAUCCAGUAUAGGAGAUGUAGGAUUUUCUGAGACUCAGAUACAUUGGACUACUUUCCCUUUCAAUGCAUGCAGCUUUUCAAGGAUUUUUUUCCUUUCAGAAUUGUUUCCUCCUGCUAAUGCUAAUUGCUAUAACAUAUAUAGAAUAAAUAGCUUAUGUAGACAUUAUAUUUAAAAUAAAGGAAAUACAAAAUAGCCUUGAUCAAAUAGCUAUUAUCCUGGUGGAGAAAAAAAAAGACAGUACAAUUUUUUAUUUAUUUAAAAUAGGCACUUGGGGAAAAAUUAUUAUGCAAGUUUCAAGUAUUUUCAACUCAAUCAAUUCUGCCCACAGUCUCAAUUUAUAUUUACCAUAUUAAAAUCUAUAAGACUACCUAUAUAGCAAGAGGUUAAUAGGGUAUGUUUGAAAUAAAGUGGCACUUAGUAAAACUGAGCUUCAUCUCUUCCUAUGGAAACUGAGAUGACCAUUACCACAAGCCAUUCAGAUAUCAAUUUCAGAGGGCAAUGAUUUUUUAAAAUUCAUUCUAUCAUUUUAAUUAUGAAAGUUUACACUUGAUAUCCCUGGUAGAAAAGAGUAGGCUGACAAUGACAUGAAUUUAUUGUUGGCAGUAACCUCUAUGGAACUAAUUUACUACACAUAGUAUCUUUAUGAUACAUAUUAAGGAUAUUUUCAAAAAAGUUGGAUUUUGUCCCAUUGCCUUUACCCAAUAUUUCAAAAACCCUUUUUUUAAAAGUGUGAUUUCCUCUAUCACUAAAAUAUUCUGGCAAUCUCUAUAAAUUAACAUAAUAAAAAUUAAGCUAAAAAGAGUGGUCUGGUAAUGAAUUACGAGUCUGGUUUUGAAGACUAUAGGAAAGAGUCGAUACUGUUUCAGUGGGACUGAGGUUUAGCCUUUUGUUUUAUGUAUUAUUUUUAAGUACCUAAAAAUACCCCCAAAUGAAAGCAGUAUAUGUUUAAACAACUUUAUCAAGACAGCCAUGCCCAAUGUUUUUUUCUAAUUAUUUACUAGUUCAAUACCUAUUCUCCCUCCCAGACCCCAGAUCUUUAUAAAGAAAACUUUAAAAUAUGCAGUCAAGGGGCAGCUAGGUGGAGCAGUGGAUAGAACACCCACCCUGGAUUCAGGAGGACCUGAGUUCAAAUCCGGCCUCAGACACUUAACAGUUACUAGCUGUGUGACCCAGGCAAGUCACUUAACCCCAAUUGCCUCACCAAAAAAAAAAAAAAUAUAUAUAUAUAUAUAUAUAUAUAUAUAUAUGCAGUCAGUCACACAUUAAUCAUUGUAAAAGGGGAUACACUGCUGGAGUGAAUCUCUCAAAUAUUCAAAUGCUAACAUCUCUCUCUUUGACACUUCUAAGCUAUGGAAUUUAUGUAACAAUUUAGAAUACAAAAAAGAUAAACUAUAUUUCACUGUGAUCAUAGGGGGAGGGGGGAGGAAGAGCCAAAAAAGAAAAUCAUUAUAAACUAAGAUUAACAUUGUUUUGGUUUUUUCCUGAACUCUCUGCUGAAGUAUUUGGGACUAGCCUAUUACACCAUUCUAAUCUCAGUUAUCUGACAAUGAGAUGCCCUUCUUAAUAUUCUGACCUUGGAUUACAUUAAAAUGGAAAAAUAGAAAAAGACAAAAUACCAGCUUUCCACUGUCUUGGAAAAAUGCAAAGGAGGAUUGUUUAUAUCAGACCAGGCAAAGAUUUGUUGUUCUCUCAAUUUCUGGGAAUGAUCUAACAGGAAAAAUUUGUAACAAAAUUGUCUUGCAGUAAGGAAUGAAUGACAGUGAAAUGAGACCUGUAUAUGUUAUUCACCAUUAUGUAGAUGUAAUAUCAUUUGAGGGUUAUGGUGAGGGAUAAAUUGCUGAACAGAGGCAUCACAGACUCAUUAACACAUCCUCUGCAGAUAUAAAUAAAAAGUUACAGGCAGGGUUAGAUUUCUAGCCCAUCUUUCAUGGAGUUUCCCCAAGCCUCUGUUUCAAAUUUCUAUUUUUGGCAUUUUUACCAUCUUGCCUGAAUUUUUCUACAGUUAUUAUUAUUGACAGAUACACUAAGAAGUAUUAUAGUGUUUGUGUAAGUGAAGUGGCUUUUUUUUGCAUAUAUAUUUUCCAGUUAGUCAUAGAAUUUUGGAGAUAAAAGGGAUCCAACUUUUCUAUUGUAUACAUAGGGAAAGUGAGACCUGAAGAGAUUAACGGAUUUUCUCUAGGUCAUUUAGUUAGUAGUGGCCGAGCUCGGACUAGAACAGAUCACCUGGUUCUCAAUGCAAUAUUCUUUCUUUCAUUUGGACUGCAAUUACAUAGCUUCAUGUCUUCCUUUUUAGGCUUCUCUAUACUCUUUUUAUAAACUUCCAAGGAAGGAAGAGAGUAACCAAGUGAAACUUUAAACUAUUUUCCUGUUCCAACCUUUGCUAAACUCAUCUCUGAACAUUUUAAUAGAGCACAUUCAUUAUGAUUAUCACUCAGAACUGAAUUGCUACCAGUAUAGUUUUUGCUGUUGUUUUUUCUAGAGCCAGCCAAAAACUUUGCAGGCACUGUUAGUUUUUAUAGUAUGUUAAGGAUGAUUACAAAGUUCUGUGUGUGAACUUAGAAUUUAUUGACACUGAAUGAUAAUUAAUUUAGAGGAUCUCAAAUUGCUAUGCUCUGUAUUCCUAGAGAUUCAUCAUAUUGUGAUUGUGAUUAUUAUUACUGUUUAACCAUUUCUGCAGCACUUUAUGUUGUAAAUAUUUUGCAAUCAUUUACACACUCCUGAUAGGCAAAUAAGUGACAGUUAUUAAUGUUACAUAGAAGUGUAAAAUCUGGAAGGCUUUGAACUACAAAGGAAAAUGGGAUGAUUUUCAUUUUACUUGAAAGUUUCUACUUUUCUGUAUCAUUGAUUUUUUUCUCACAUGCUACAAAAGCUUUUUAAAUAUAAUUUAAAUGCAAUUGAAUUUAGGUAUCAUUGUUAAAUAUGUUUUUAAAGAAACAAUCAAGAAAAAUUUAGGUCUAGGUUUUUGCUUUUAUGAUUUUCCUGCUUCUUUACCUUAUGGGGACCUUGACCUCUCAUCAGCAUUUAAAGGAGAAAUGAGGUUAAAUUGAAAAAGAAGAAUUUCUAUUUUCUUCUAUAUGUCUAUUUGAUGAAUAAGUUUUCAUUUUAUGUUAUCCUCUGGGCUUGAUUUUAUGUAAGAGUUGCCAAGAGAUUAGCAAAGUUUUUUAAAAAGUUUUCAUCUUUUGGUUUACACAUUUCUCCAGAAAAAAAAGGGAUUUUCAUCCAAUUUUAAUAGUUGAUAUAUUUGCGCUCUAACCAAAUAUUUCAUUGUUUCAAGACAUGCAGUUCAAUGAGACCUAAAAAUAGACCAAAUUCAUUCAAUUUCUUGACAGUCUUACAUGAUUAAUAUGAGAAACUGCAUCCUUUCCAAUGAUAGCUGUUCUAGACAAAUGAAAGCAAAGUGUAAAUACAAUCUAGUUGUCAUAUCAAUGUGUCACCAUGUUGGGGUUUUAUUGCUCCCUUAAUUCAACUAAGUUGCCCAUAAGUUUAUGUGCAUUCCCUAUUUUAAGAAAUUCUUAUAUACAGAAAUAUUCAGAAAGCAAAACAGGGAUAAAAAUUUGAAUUACAAAAGUACUCAUGCAAGAUCCCUUUAAUUAAAAGAACAUAUAGUGUGCUUGAGUAUUAUUUGCUGACCAUUGAUAUAGAGAUUGGGACUCACAGAAAUUUAUAGCUAGAAUUUUAGGAUUUUCUUGAUAAUUCAAGCUCGGUUCUAAAGAAGAUAAUAUAUUUUUGAAGUACAUGUUGUAAGUUAAUGCAAAAGCAAAAUUUUAUUUACAAAAUUUUAUUUCACACACAUCAUUUCAUGUGCAAAUCAUGGUAAGCUUUUGUACAGGCUUUUAAUAAUUAAAAAUAAAAACAUAGCCAUAUAGUUCAACAAGAAGGUCCAACUCUCUGUAAAGGGAAUUAAACAAUCUUCUGGUUAUAGGCAAUCAUCAACUUAUAGCAGUUAACAUAUAUCACUUUGCCAGUAACACCUAGACCCUUAGCUUUCUGUCUCUUACAGCAAACUACACAAACUUCUUGACCUGAUCAAUUUGCCCAGCUCCCUCCUGGGAGGGGUCUCCCUAUUUGCUCUGUACAGGCUUUCCUGGUGUAUCAAUGGCUUUUGAUCCCAGGUACAUUCCCACUAUGGAACCAUUUCUAUCUAGCUCUAUUGUCCUUCACCUCAUUCAUCUCUCCAAGUGAUUUUUUGUAUAAAUUAAAUUAGAAGUCAGUUGAUUGCUAUGUUUACCUAUUUUAUUGACUGAUAAACAUUUUAGAAAAUUCUGUAUUGACUAGUACACAGGUAUGUCUUUAUAAUUGAUUAAACAAUUGGUUCAAUAUGUUAGGUUCAUUUCUAUAAAAAGCUGAAUAGUAGGUUUUGUGGUUUAGAGCAUAACUCACUAUUACAUCAUUAUUUCUAUGGGGAAAAUCAGGUUCAAUUUAUAUUGUUUUGAUUUACAAUUCUUUUCAAGACCAUACCCACUAUAAGUUUGAGGACUGACAGUAUGUAAAUGUUAAUGGAAACAUUUAGAGUGGAAUGCAAAAAAUUCACGAUCCCCAAAACAAAAAUGAACAUUUCUGGCAAAACAAAAAUGAACAUUUCCCCCAGUGGGGAGCUGGCAAUAAAAUUAGGAUUAAAUUUUUUAAAUGCUUUUUGUGUGAAUUUUUCCCUUUGCCAAAAAAAGAAAAGGAUGGCAUGUUUAGUUGAAAUCAACUAGUUUCUCUUGAAUUUUAAAGUUCCCAUAUCCAGCUCUACACUAAAUAAAGUGAAUCCAAUGCCAUAGAUCUAAUGUUUGUUAUUCAUAGUCCUAUGAACGUUGCAAAAGUAUGAAAAACAAAAAGAAAAAAAUUAUUGGUGUAAACUUGAAUGAUGCUUUUAUGCUUUAAAAAAUAUAAGCAUGGGGAAGAUGGACAGAAGAAUCUAUUUAUUCAUGACUUUGCAUGAUUAGAAUUUUGGAUAAUGGAAUUAAUGUUCUUUAAUGUAUAAUAACUAAAUGCAAUUGCCAUUGUACAGUAAUGUAACUUUGGUUUGCUUUAUGUUAUCAUGUGAGGAAGCUUCUGUAACUACAUAAUUAAAUAGAAUUCUGACAAUCAUACACUGAUAACCUUUAAAAUGUCACCCAUUACCUCACUUGCUAGCUUGCUAUUUUCAAAUAAAGGUGAAAGUUUGCCCUUUAUUAAAGAUAAGGUUACAAAGAAUUUAUUAUGUAUUUCCAGUAUUUUCUGUAGCCCCGUUUUAUAUUCAUUCAUUAUUAUCGGAAUGAUUAAUCUGAAUUAUAGAACCUUAUAUUUGGAAAAGACCAUACAGAUCAUCUAGUCUAAUGCCUUCCAGAAACAUGAACCAGCAUCUCUGACAAGCGUUCACCCCAACUAUGUUUGAAGACCUCUUGUGAAAGGAAGUUCCCUAAUUUCCAAAAUAUUUUAUUACCUUUUUGAAUGAUUCUAAUUGUUAAUCAGUUGUUACUUAUUUCAUUUAAUAUGACCUUUAUUAUAAGUCAACUGAAAUCUGCUUCCUUGAAAUUUCUACCAUCUAAGACCAAGCAUAAUUCUGAUCUGUAUUUCAUAUGAUAACUCUGUACAUUUGAAGACAGUCAUCACCAUCCCCCUAAGCCUUCUGUUCUUCAGGAAAAUAUCCCUAAUUCUAUCAACCAAUACAUAUAAAAAAUGUAAUGGUCUUCUUUUUCAGUCUCCUUCCUCUGCACACUUGUGAAUGUGGCACUUAUAACUAAAAAUAAUACUCCAGAUGUGAUGUGACCAGAGCAGAGUGCAAUGGGAUCAUCACUUCCUUUGUUAAGAAAACAGUGGCUCUCUUACCACUCCCUAAGUUUGCAUUAGCCUGUAGGACUAACAUGCUACACUGAGACUACAUUCUGAGCUUGCUUAAUCUUUUGCAAAAAGACUCCUGGAUCUCUAUCACAUCAACUGCAACGUUGCCAUCAAAUGCUUGUGCAGCUGAAUUGGGACAGAGGAGAAGGAAGGGCUGGAUACAAAAUUUUUCAUUUGUCCCUAUUAUAUUUCUUUCUGCUGGAUUCAGCCCAUAGUUCUAAACUCCAAGGUGCUUCUAAAAAAUCCUAUAUAGUUGUCCCUCCUCAUUUCUAUCAUCUGCAAAUUUUAUAAGCAUACUAUCCCUGUCUUCCUUAAAGUGACUGAUAAAAUUGUCUCACAGAAAGUGGUCAAGAGAACAUUGCACCAUAUCACUAGAAAUCUCUAGUGACAUUUUAUAAUUUUAGAGUGAGAAGGAACUGUAGAAUUAGUUUAAUGCAGUAAUUCCUAAUACCAGUGCACAGACUGAUAAUAAUGAAUUAUUACCAUUAUGCAAAACUUUGACUACCGAAGGUCUUUCUUUCAUUUUUUAAAAAUAAUUCUAAAACUGACCUUUUCCCCCUCUUUCCUGAUUCCUGAUUUUUCCAUCCCUUGCUCCAUCUUUAUCCCCAGCUCCUGACACCAAACUCAUGAAGAAUCAGAAACUACUAGAUGGAAACUAUGAAGGGCAAAGCAAUCUUUAGGUGCUCUCCUAGUUGUUUGGGAAAUUUGCAUUGUGAAACAUUUACCUAGUUGAACUGUCCUCAUUCUGUUGGUGAGGAAGUCCAGGCCCAGACAGAUUAUGUGACUUGCCCAAUUGGGAUCACAAGGCAAAGCCAGAACUAGACUCCCAAGUCUCAUGAUGUCUGACCCUCUGAUAACCAAAGAAUAUUUCCAGAAUGUAAUUGUGUGGCAGUCAAAGGUUUAUCAUCCAAGAUCAAAAGAAGAGAGAACAAGUUAAAAAGUGACCCUAUACAGAUCUCAUUAUACAUGUGUACUCUACUCAUAUAUCCAUGCUUUAGUUUUAGUAGCUAGUUUUUAGUUUUAUUAGUAGGUUGAUGGGUUGAGAAUUUGGUUGUCUUUUCCUUCUUUAAGAAGGUCCUUGUCACAGACUUCUAAAAAAAGCAAUCAUCUCUUGCUGACAAAUGGCAAAUCAAAAGACUUGAGAUUUUGUACUGAAUUAUAAACCUGGGAAGAAGCUGUUAAUGAAGAAAUACACUGCAACAUCAAGGACUAUAAUGCUACAGGCAGAGCAACCCAAAGAUAUAAAUUUAUUUGUAGACAAUGGAGAAAAGGUAAGAAUUUAAUUUUAUGCAACCAAUGUGUGUUUAGUUAAGUUGGUUGUGAUAACUCCUAUUUUUUCCCCAAAGCUAAUCAAAAAGUAUCAGAGAUAAAGCUAAGGAUUUAGCUUUCCACUUUCAUAGAUCUUUCUUUUUAUUUAUUUUUUUUCGUUACAUGUAAAGAUAGUUCUCAACUUUUGUUUAUACAAGCUUUCCAAUUUCAGAUUUUUCUCCCUCCCUCCUCCCUCCCCUAGACAGCAGGUAAUCUGAUAUAGGUUUUAUAGUAAAGACUUUAAGUGCUUAUUUUUCUUUCUUUCUAUAUAUUUAUGUUAGUCAUGAGCUAAUUGUUAUUAUUAUUAUUUUGUUAAUGUGAUAAACUGAAGACUGUUUUCUUGAUGCAUGAAAAGUCUUUGUUAACCUCCAUGCAAAAUGUGGAGCAUGUACUAAAUGCUUAUUAAAUAACUCUUUAUCAUAGGGUUCACUCGAAGAAUAAUUAUUAUAUCCUUUUGGUAGUACAAAAAUUAUUAAAUCGUUAAAAGAACAUCUCAUUUAUUUAAGGAGUUACAUUAUGUGGCAGUGGAUAAAUAUGUAUUCAUUUAAAUACUACCUUGGGGAUAUUUGUGUUGUAUUACAAAAAGAAAUGAUCAAAGAUCAAAUAAGAAGCAGAGAAAUUUCAAUGAAUUAGAAGUAAAACCUAGCUAUUUCCCUAAAUCCUAAAGAAAGCAGGCCAUCAAAUUAGGGAUAGUGGAUCAAUAGAUAAAAAUCUAAUCAAUGACAUUUCAUUCAGCAAUAUUGAUUGAGUACCUGCUUUACCAGAGGUUCUAAGGUAUUGGACCACUUCUUUCUUUUCCUUUUCUUUUUUGCUUCAUUUUUGUAGGAGUCUAUGUGAGAACUUUGUCUAUUCAGUGUUGACAUACAUUGGAUUUUUCUCAAUAGGAGGAAAUGGAGAUCACUAGAUGUGUGGAAAUGAAAGACUACAGAAAUAAUAGUCUUGCUGGCUUAAUAUAUUAUCAUAAACAUUUUAUAAAAUUGCUUUUAAAGGUUCAAAUUUAUUUCUGCCAUUAAUUAUAAAGUGAUAAUUGAGGUAAUAACUAUUGCUAUUUAUAUCUUUGGAUUAAAAAAAAACAUAAAAUAGAUUUUUGAUCACUUGAGGUAGUUUGACCCUAAUCUUUGAUCACUAAAAAUGGUUGAGCAAAGAUCAUAGAAAUCUAUAAUCCAUCCAAAAGACUUGUCCCAGCUGGUUUGAUCUCAUAAAGUCUUGUUUUUAAAGCUCUGCUAUAUACAAUUGCCUCAAUGACACCUGAAUGGAGGUGAAACAGGAUUUUAUCUCAGCUUUCUAUGAAUAGGUGAAUUUAGAUGGCUUUUUAAAAUAACUUUUUCCCCCUCCUUUGAAUAGCUUCUAAACCUGGAAAUAAGACAACUAAAGUGGGGGGGACAGGGAAGGUGGCAUGCUCUUUAUCAAUAAUUCUAAUAGCUUAAUAAUUAGCAAAUUAAUAUAAAGAGAAAUCCCCCACAUUUUAAGUCAUCAGAAAGGUUUAUUUUUAUCAUGCUGUGGCUGUUUGGCUACUGUUCCUUGAACGUUAUUUUCCUGAAUAAAUAUCUUUCCUCAUCUAAUAAUGAGGUGGAAUUAAAAAACCUACAUUCUCAUUCUAUAUGGGAAGCUCAUAAUACAUACUAAUAAUUUGAGGCUUUAAAAACACACAAGCAUAUGAAAUUAUAUUUCAAAUAGCUAGAUGGACAUAAAGGAAGGGCAUAACUGUCCUAUCAAUAAAAUAUCCGGGGCACUAACCAGAAACAAAUCAUAAACCCAUGAUUUCCUAAACUACUCAAAUCAGCCACAAUCUUCUCACCCUCCGCAGACACAUCUAAAAAGUUUCAAGGAAUACAUUUUUGAGUGGAAACCCCUCCUGUUUUCCAUCCCUGCUCUCCUCUGCCCUCAAAUCGAGGGAGGACAAAAGACUAAAUACUACAUGGGAUCUACAUAAAGGGACCACUGGGUGCUCCAACUGGGAAACAUAUCAAGCUGAAUUCAUUUUAUUAUCAAAUUAGGAAUUAUUUUUAAAUGAAAUCACAAGGUCUUUGGUUAGAGAAAAGACCAAAUGUUACAAGUUUUUAUUAUGAUGCUAUACACAAUUUUGAUUGAUAUGGUAUGAUAUCUAAUAACUCAGGUAAAAUCAACAUUACUUACAGUACAUUUUGGUGUCAUUUUCAUCAGUAUAAUGCAUCUCCAUUCUUCAUAUGACAAAACUGGUAUUUACUAAUUCUUCAGUAGAUUGGGAUGGGUAAGGAGGAAGUGGGUGAUGGACCCUUGGAAUAUGUAUAGGUAUUUAUUGGGGUAUACCCAGACCCAAAAAGGGAUGUUUUCUAAUGAUAUUUGGCAUUGUAAGCAGUGGGACUCUAAUUCUACUGUCUGGGGUAGAUGUGACAAUGGGGGGAAGGGUUGGUUUUAUUUUGACAUUUCUUUGAUAUAGCUGAAAUGCAUAGCAUUAUAUUGUGGUAAUCUCUCCAGUAGCCCAGGUCACCAAUAUAUUGACAUAUUUUACAAAAGGAUACUAUGGUUAUUUUAUAUGAGCAUAUUCAUCUCCUUGAGGCUAAGUGAAAUGUUGUUGGGGUUGUUGUUUUUUAACUAUCUGGUUAUAGUUAAAUCUCUUUUCAAAACUAGGUAGAGCUAAUAAAUGUUUUAGACAGAUAUUGUUUUUCUAUACCUUUAGAAAUAAUCAACAUCACUACUACUUUCACUCAUAUGUAUAAUGGAAGGUGAUAUGGAUAGAGCAAAAAAUAUUAUUUGGUCUAUUAUCUAGGUUUUCAGGCAUUAUGGUAUGCAGAAAUGUGUGAUCAUCCAUCUCCAGCCAUUCACUUGGUUCUUUCCUACAAGUUAAAGUGGCUGCUUCAUAGGGGCAGCUAGGUGGCGCAGUGGAUAAAGCACCGGCCCUGGAUUUAGGAGUACCUGAGUUCAAAUCCAGCCUCAGACACUUGACACAUACUAGCUGUGUGACUCUGGGCAAGUCACUUAACCCCCAUUGCCCCACACAAAAAAAAAAAGUGGCUGCUUCAUGUACUCAUAGAAACAUUCCACACUUGUGCAAAGGGCCAAAAGGAUGUGUAGAUGCCCCCCCCCCCCAAUUUUCUCAGGUCUGCCUUCUGUUUUUCUUCCCUUUUCCUCUUUUGUGUGUUCUUUUCUGUAGAAUUCUGCAGAAUAUAUAUGUGAAAUAUAUUUUUUGUAACCAAUCUUAAUCUUGCUGUUUCUGCUUUGGCUCCUCUUACCCAUGUAGCCUUCUUGUUCUCAUUUACCUUUUGUGCA